UGCAGCGCAGCGCGAUCGUGUUUGCGCAUAGGACACGUGUCACACAGCUGCGAGUUGUGGAACAAUAAGACAUCGGAGCCUCGUAGCCCUGAAAAAAAGCCGCAGAAGAGAUAUAGCAGGUGUCGGCCUCGCACGGACGCCUCCUGCCCUUCUGGGCAAGAAUUUUAAUGCUCGCUACGCAGCAGGGCCCAAUUGCCGCGUCACAAUUCUACAACAGCGUACGUUCUGCCGAUCUCAUUUUUUCCUUAGUUGUCGUUGCAGUUCGCCGAGAGAGCUGCGUGGGAAUGUUCUUUGCGAAAGAUUGAAACAACUGUGGUAUUUCUACGAUCAAGCGGUCUGGUGUGUUUCGACUGAUACGUCCGUACGUCCGGCGUAGGGGUCUCACACAAUGAGUGACACGCAUCACUCAUUCUACUAAGCCCCCUGGAAGGAUACAAAAGAGUGACCGGCCAUUUCUCUUGUAUUGGAUUACGAAAUCUCGCUCCGGAAGUGGAUUCGAUUGAUUCGGCGGAAGGAUUCCAUGACUGCGAGCAAAAUCAAGGAAACGCAAGCACGCACUGAAAGAAAUAGCGAUCAAGCAAGCCAAGUAAUCCGCAGUUCUGAAGUUCAUCAAGACGAGUCAAGACUAGCCAACGAACGCAGAUAAACAGGCCCAGGUCGGCAGGGUAAACAACCGAGAAAGACGAAGACGCUCGUCCGACUACCUAUGAAUAGAUGAAGGACAAGCGCUACCAAGGAAAUAGGAUCAACAACCAGUUGAGCGAAAACGCCGAGACCCUUCGUUAUCCUCAUCGAACAGCUUGACCAGGCAGGGCAAGUGUUUCCUUCUUGUUGUGCUGUUUGCCACUGACUCAGACGUGACUCUCAGCCUAACACCGGCAUAGAGCGAAGCACGUUGCCGAACCCUGUGUUUAUCUUCGUGAUCGCUAAGCCGCACCGACUGACUCAAAGAGCCUCCUUUCUGUGUUUCUCGCACGACAUGUACGCGUAAGGAGCGCGAAGUGCCGUUCGAUGUUUCUUAACCUAUCUUCCCAUUAGCUACUACGACCGUAACUCAGUCUUCGUAGCCAGUGCGUCGCGACUUCCCCGGUCUUGAGCCUUCAUUGCAUAAACCAUGGGUGACCGUAGACGUGACAGCCGAGGCAGGCCUCCACCAUUCGAACAGCGUCCUCAACACCACCCACCGCCCGAUAUGCCACCAUUCCAUAAACCCAUGAACAGCAGACCAUCGCUGAUGGAGUCUGCUCCCCACCACUCGAGAGGGCUGCUUGAUCGUCAGCGGCGCAGAGAGUCCGAGGACGAAGGCCCCAUGGAACACAGGAGGCGACCCCCGGAUUACGACGAUCGGUACCCGGUUUCGGCUUCCGUAUCACCGAUGCACUUCGACGGUCCAUUGCGGGACGACUGCGGCAGGGACGGCAAAGGACACCGGGGAAGACGUGCUCCGGAAGAACACGACGACCUCCCAUUGGAAUCGUACGACUACCGCGGCCCGCGCGGUGGCGACCCGCGGGGCCCGCCUCCAAGACCAUCGGAGCCUCCUCGUCGUCCCCAAAGUACCCCGCGGUACGGUGGCGAUCGCGACCCUUUCUUCGAAUCUCCGGACCGGGGAAGGCGUUCCUUCGACCAUCCAGAACGUCACGGAGGCGAGCGCGAGCGUUUCGACGGUUUUAGAGAUCGCGGGGAGCGAGAUCGUGAAUACUACCGCGGUCGUGGCGACCCGCAAUAUUAUGGCGACGAAAUGAAUCACGAACACCAACCUGGCCGCAUGCAGCACUGGCCAGAUGACGACCCCGAGUGGGGCCCGCCGCCCCCUGGUCCCCGUUACGGCGACGAAAGAGGACGGCCCGGAGGCAUGGGCCGGCGGCCUUUCGUUCCGGAGUACUCUAGCGGCUUCAAUGACGAACGACCGUCUUCCAUGCCGUGCCCAGAAAGCAGACGCAGUAGUUCGGCUCGGAGUCGGCGUCAAGACUGGGGUCCUGAGGGUUUUCGUGAAGGGCCCCACGAGCUCGGACCUCCAGAAUGGGAAGAUGAAUUUGGUUCCCUGCCUUACCGUCCGGGACCACCUGACUUCAGAGGCAUGCAAAGGGAGCCAUUCCCGCCCGGAGAAUAUCCUGGUGAAAAUAUGCACGAUCCUGACCUAGGCGGCUACGACGAAAGACCUCCAAAGAGUUCCAGUCGUGACCGCGGUUACCCCUGCCCCCGCGAAUUCCAAGAACGUGGCAGAGAAAUGCCAGGCAUCCCACCUUACGAGAACCGCCCGCCCCAUUCUCAGGGUUCGGGUCGACGCCCUUUCACAGAGGGCUACUCAGAAGAGCAAGGCCCACCAAGAUUUUCUUCAUACCAACAACCAUUGUCCGGUCCCAUGGGCCAGGAAGAGCGCAGACCCUUUCAAGGCGUCGGUCCUCGAGGUGUCGGUUUGAAACAUGAUAUCCCGCCGUUCGACAAACGCCCGAUGGUGCCGCUCAAAGAUGAAGCGCGCCCUCCACUGCCGAAUAAUCCGAAAGGGAUAACAACGGAGCAAGCUGCUGAGAGUGGCUACAGAAAUAUUCACGCAAAUCCUGAGAAUCCAUGGCCUAACCUUCGCACCACUGGUUGCAGAGACCAGCCUGUUGCCUCAGGUUACAGUGGAUCAUCAUUUGGCAAGGAAAGGUUACCUGGGGGGCCGGAAAAAGCUAUGGGUGGUAUUCAGGCCCGGUCAGCUCCGCUCGCUCCUCCCCCGCAGCCCCCUUUUCCAGCGUUCUCUGGGCGACCAUCCUCAAGCGUAGAUAUGCCACAACAAUGUCACCGAACACCACCGGCCGCUUCACGGUGCGAUCGUCCACCAGGCGCUAAAGCGCCACCGGAACCGCGGCCGUUGGUUGCAGAUAAGUUUAGAAGUGAAAGUGCAGCGCCUCUUCCUGGUUCCAACGGCGAAAUUCAGCCGCGUUCUGCGGUUACUCCAUCUGGAAAUGGUGUUUCACAAACGCCAGAAAUUCCGCACAUUCAGCCUACUGCAACCGACAAGUACCAACAGCGAGCUCAGGUUGCUCCGUGCGUAACCGGCGCACCGCAACCACCACAAUCUAACGACACUCAGUCAGUUACAGCCAACCAACAGCGUCAGCACCCUCCGGCUGCUGCACGCGCAGGCAGCGUCUCACAAGCACCGCAAAGUGGACACCUUCCGCCUGUCACAGCCGACCACCAAGGUCAGCAACAGACAGUUACUACAUGUCCAAGUGACGUCUCACAAGCCCCACAAAGCACAAACCUUCCGCCUGCUAAAGCUGACCAACAGCGCCAGCGUCCUCCAUUAGCUCUAUUCGCAAGCGGCGUCUCACAGACCACACAAAGUUUACAGCUAGCAGCUGCUCAAGCUGACCUAAAGUGGCAGCGUCCUGCGGUUGCUGCAUCAGCAACCAGCGUUCCACAAACAACACAAAGCACACCUCAUACGCCUGUUAAAGCCGGCCAACAGCGGCAUGGGCCCCCGGUAACUUCAUCUGUGAGCAGCGUUGCACAAACAGCGGCUGCAGCGCCUGAGUCUGUAAUGCAGAAGUCCCCUUCGGCGCCUGAAAGCAAAGAUGAACCGCCUGCCACAUCGACAGCGUCGCAUAGUCCUGUAGAGGAGCGACCAGGCGGCAUCGAAGACCGCAAAGGACAGCGUCCUAUCAGCUUUCCGCUUCCGAAAGGCAAAUUGGAACAACUAGCAAGCCAAGUAUUGCGUCCAAAUCCUUCAGAAAAAGGACCGCGAGCUCCAACCAUCGGUUCGAUUCAAAGUCAAGUGAGCGCCCAAAGUAGUAUCGAGAAACAGUUAUCUGGUUCUUCCGAUAAGCAACAGCGUCCCAUACUUACGCAAGGGUCCUCCGGGACCAAGCAGUGUAAGGGGCCCACUACUUCGCUUGCAUCUCAGCAACCUACUGCAAGCACUUCUACUACGGCUUCAGCCCAGCAACCAAUUCCGGCACCCCCUUUGCCGCCGUCACAACUCACGUCAGAAACGUUCUUCACGACUGGUCAGCUAGCACAAGCAUCCACUGGCAACCCGACGCCGGGCAACUUGAGUACGCCCGGAACGACCGAAGUGCGGCCUCCGAUAACGACCGCCUAUCCGCAGCAGUUCUUCCCUAUGACUUACAUGCCUAUUCCUUUUGCGCAAGAACGCUACAUGACGCCUCCUCAACAAUCAUUAUCAGGUCCAACUCCUCCUGGCAGUUAUGGCUAUCAACAGAAGCAAGCCACUACCCUUGAGACAAAGCACCACCCUCCACUAUCUUCACCCUUCCUCAACACAGCAGCAGGCCAGCUCCCGGCCAGUGUACCAGGACCGGUGGCGUCUACUCCAACUCCGAGCUACUUCACUAUGCCUCAGGGACCAGUCGUGACGGACGUUCAAGAACCAAAAGCUAGCCCUCUGCCACUCCGCGCCCAAGUGCAUUCCACUUCCGCGAGUCAGGGGCAGCUCCGACUUCCUACUGCCAGUCAGCAGAAAAUAGCUGAGAAAGGAAUGCCUCCACAGCGAGAUGAACAAGGGGUCGCCAAAGGGGGACAACCACCGGUGUGUGACCCUAAACAAGAUCGACCUGGAGGAGGUGACUUAAGCAAUACAAAAGACGCAGCAUGUAAAUCGGUUCCUAAGUUAUCCACAUCCAACAUCGAAAAGGGCAGCUCGGACGUUGAAAUGAUUGAUGCCGAUGAAGGCAACAGCGCUACACACGGGAAAGAGGAUGAAAAAGUCGCUAUAGCAGGCACAGUGCAGCCGGCUAAGACACUUGCGGUUGACCAAGGCGUGACAAAAGAUGACAUAACUCAAAAAGCGCCGCUUAGUAAACAGACCAUUCAAAGUAAAAACGAGACUGCUGACGCGGAAAAACGGCGACCAGAACCGCCGAGCAAAGAAAGUGCAUCGACAGCUGGUGAAACGAAGGUGCUGGAAGAUGAGGCGUACCCCAAAAAGCCGGUAUGUUUCAUGUUGCGUGAAUUCGCAUUGAAAAGGCAAGAGGCUUCAAUGAAAGACCAGGACACUGAACUGAAAGACGCAGAAAAGUUGCCGCAAAGCCAGCAGCCUUUAGCAAAAGAGCCGAAUGCUAAGGCACCGAAGGAGGAGGCUUCGCUAAUGGCAGAAAAAGACGUCCUUUAUGGGCCGCGGCCACCUACUGUCGAAGAGAUCAGCGCGAAAACUAAAAACACUUCGUUCCCUGAUAAGACCAGCAACAUUAAAUCGAGCCCAGGCAAUAAAGCCGCCCUAUACGACCAGGAAGUGUCCUCUUCUACUCCUGAGACCGCAGUCGCAGCGUCUUCCAAGCAGAGUAACGAGAGAGAGCUAGAUACUAGUGGAGUGCCAAGAGCUAGUACUGAGAAGACAGCCGAGGCUGAGUCCAUGCGUCGAGACGACAUGAAGCCCGCGGAAAAGAUAGAGCCUGCGACGAGCAGGAAGAACGAGGACAGCUCGGACGAAAGGUCUGGACACUCGUCCGAGAGGAGUUCGAGGACGAACGAGGACUCGCACCGACGACGCUCCUCGAAAAGACGGCGGACUUACAGUAGCUCCGACGGCAAGUACGAAGACGACGACUCCGACGUGGAAAACACCAACGACGGCGUUUGUCUGUCCGGGCGUGGUAACGAAGGCCAGGUCUUCGGCAUUCCGGUCGUCUUCAAGGCCAUAAGUACGACCCGCACCUUCUGGAACAUUCGUGGAGGGCAGGUGGCGCGCGAGCUAGAAGAGGUCGUCGGCGACAACGUCGUCAACCAGAAGAUCAACCGCGCGGGCUUCCUCUGCGUCAACGUGGCCACGGCCGCGGACGCCGUCAAGCUCCUCAACCUGAAGAGACUCGGCGGGGCCGAAGUGGAGUCUGUCAUACCCAGCAUGUACCUGAGGCACGAAGCCAAGAUCCGAGGCGUUCCCUACCACUACACCAACGAAAAGCUCGCUGAGCUCUUCGCGGACGUGGGCGUGCUGAGUGCGAGGCGGCAGCUUACGGUCAAGCGAAUGCACGACGGCACGUACGAGGAGUUCCCGCGUAGCAGCGUUGUGCUCACGUUCAAGCCGGACGCCACGCUUCCCAGGACGCUCGAACUGGACAACGAGAAGUUCAUCGUGGAAGAGUACAUCGAAGCCCCGUUGCAGUGCUUCAAGUGCCUGCGGUUCGGCCACACUUCGCGUGCCUGCGUGUCCGUGAGCAGGUGCAAGAACUGCGGCGCCCGCUACUGCGACGAGGAAUGCGAACGCAGGACCCCCAUGUGCGCCAACUGCUUCGGGCCUCACCAGGCCACAUACGUCGGCUGCCCCAGGCGACGGGAGGUCGCAUUCGCCAGCUUGUGGAAGAGGACCUUCGACUUAAACGCUCUUUGAACUGCUUCUAGUUUUGACGUGCUCAUUCCGGAAGGUGGCCAGACACCGACUGCACUGUCAAUCGUGAAAGCUUCGAUCAUCGUGCAAAUCAAGACGCGGUCACGGAAGUUUGGCCCACACCUGAACUGUUCAUUUCUUUCGUUCUAAUGAAAAGUGUGCGUGUGGGUCUAAUCACCCAGCGUGAGAUUGUGAUCUCGUUUAGGAACUUCAGUUACGUGCUUCGUGAACUCAGAGUGAACUGAUUGUGUGGAAGUUCUUUUGUCCCACAUGAUCGUGUAAGACGCGUUAGCAUGUGAACCACCGUGAGAAGCAUGUUGUUGAUGUGCGAUUUCCAGCACUAGACCACAGCAAUGUUCUGGGCCAGGAGAUGUUUUUUUUUCAUUUUUUUGGUUUCAUAAUACCAUACCGUGCAAGCUUUUCCACUCUCCUUUAUAUUACUACCACUUGAACUUGUUCGAGAAAUAAAGGUUUAUUUUCUUUUGUCUGAA